UCGAGUUCCUACUACUCGGAGCCCCGCCUCUCUGACGUCCUGACGUCGUCGCAAGCCCCGCUCCUUUGCUCGAACCGCACCACCCACAGCGCUCUACGCGCUCAAGCCCCGCCCCUCGCGGGAGCCGAGGCGGGGGGUCAGAAUCCGGAAGGAAAACAAGCGGGCUGGAGCAGCUCAGCGGAGCCUGUCUACCCGGAGGGCCUGGGUGGCCAAGUCGAGAGCAGCCCCGCCACUGCAUGGAGACGAUGGCGACCGUGAACCCGCGCAAGCCGGUAGAAACUUAGAUCAGGAAGCUCAGCAUACAUGUGGUGACGUGGAAUGUGGCCUCUGCUGCACCCCCUCUAGAGCUAAAUGAUCUACUUCAGCUGAACAAUCAGGACCUGAAUUUGGACAUGUAUGUCAUUGGUUUGCAGGAGAAGAACUGUGGAAUCAUCAGCCUCCUUAAUGACACUGCUUUUGAGGACACCUGGAGCAGCUUCUUCAUGGAUGUACUGUCACCUCUGAGCUUCAUCAAGGUCUCCUGUGUUCGCAUGCUGGGGCUGCUCUUGCUGGUCUUUGCCAAACAUCAACAUUUGCCUUUUAUCCAGAUCCUCUCUACUAACUCCACUCCCACCGGCCUCUUCGGCUAUUGGGGGAAUAAAGGGGGUGUUCACAUCUGCAUGAAGCUUUACGGCUACUAUGUCAGCAUCAUCAAUUGCCACCUGCCCCCCCACAUGACCAACAAUGACCAGCGGCUGGAGCACUUUGACCGAAUCCUGGAGAUGCAGAAUUUCAAGGGGCUUGAUAUUCCCAACAUUCUGGACCAUGACCUCAUUCUCUGGUUCGGCGACAUGAACUUUCGGAUCGAGGACUUUGGGUUGCACUUUGUUCGAGAAGCCAUUAAAAACCAGUGCUACAGUGACCUGUGGGAGAAGGACCAGCUCAGCAUGGCCAAGAAAUGCGACCCACUGCUCCGGGAGUUCCAGGAGGGCCCUCUGCUCUUCCCGCCCACCUACAAGUUCGAUAAGAACUCCAACAACUAUGACACCAGUGAGAAAAAGCGCAAACCUGCAUGGACUGAUCGCAUCCUGUGGAGACUGAAACGGAAGCCCAAGGAUGAUCCACACAUCUCUAGGCUGCUGGCUCCCCACUUCUCCCUGUCUCAGAAGAGCUACAUCAGCCACAUGAUGUACAGCAUCAGUGACCAUAAGCCUGUCACUGGCACCUUUGACUUGGAGCUGAAGCCACUGGUGUCUGUGCCCCUGAUCACGCUGACGCCCGAGGGCUUGUGGACCUUGGAGAAUGACAUGCUGAUCAGCUACACCUUGACCUCAGACUUCCUCAGCAGCCCCUGGGACUGGAUUGGAUUGUACAAGGUGGGGCUGCGUGACAUUAAUGAUUACGUAUCCUAUAUCUGGGUUGGGGACAACCAGGUCUUCUGCAGCGACAGGCUGAACCAGGUCUACAUCAAUAUCAGUGAUAUCACAGAGACUGAGGAACAGUUUCUCCUCUGUUAUUACAGCAACAUCCUCCGCUCUGUAGUGGGGAUUAGCAAACCUUUCCAGAUCCAGCCUCGAGCCUUCAUGGUGGCAGACACGUUUAAGGACCAACUACAGAACUGACCCAGACAGAAUCUGGGGCAUAGGCACAGCUGGCAGCCCGCUCUGCAUACCACAGCCAAGCGAGUGGGGUGGGGGCACCCAGCUUGCCCCAGAGGAGACAGCAAGUAGCCUUAACCUUCCCAAGGGAGUUCUAGACACUCCUGCGCCCUCUCCAGUCCAGCUCUCUUGCACAGGAUGCUUAAGCAAUAUAGGUUUUUGUUGCUGAGAUGUGCGUGAAACCAGCUAAUUUGUCAACAUGGAAGACCUGGUUACAGCUCAUUGGAUGUGGGAAGGACACUCCAGCCUGCAGCUCAUUUCUUGACUUUGCACAUAUGUACCUCCCGUCCUGCCCCAGCAGGUUGGCCAGGUACAUUACCUCAUCUGGCACGGACCUGCAUUCUUGGCAUGCCAUGGAGGCCUGCUGGGAGGAGGGGAUGCUCACAUUUGUACAGGCUCCAUGGACUAGUUGGCGCCAUCAGCACUGGGUUCCAGGAGCCUUGGCAUCAUCUUGCCUAUGCCCUGAGGAGGUGGCCAGAGGGUCGUGGAUCCCUCCUUUGAGCAGAACAUCUCAGACGGCACAGUGGAAGGACCCUCCGCCCAGGCUCUCAUGUCAGGGUUGUCAGGUGGAUGAGUGUCCUAGGACAGCCCAGUACAGCCCUGCCCCAUGGAAAUUGACCCAGGAAAUUCUGGGGCCUAAGCAGAAGACUAGUCCUUAGUUCACUGAUGUUGGUAGGACUAACUUCUGACCUCCAUCCUGCCCUCUUGUGAAAACGGUUGGCAGGUGGAGGAAAAUUGUGUCAGGUGUCUUCCAAAGGGUGAUCUUUGCCUACUGCAGCUCAUCUGCCUUUUCCUGGCCUGCAGCUAUUGUAAGGUAUUGCCUCUCUCUGAAGCCUUCUGAGACCCAGAAGUGAGGGCAAUAAGAAAAUCAAAAAAUGGUAGAGAAUCUGGCCUGGGAGCAGGAACUUCAGGGAAGAUUUCCCAGGUGCUCUAUGGGUAUAGCCUGACCUUACUCUAAUGACUUGCCCCAGCCUCUUAUGACUCAGUGGUCCUCCUUAGGUAUUCCGGCUGCCAUGCCUGUUCUAUGACCUAAGAUGAGGACAUGCCCAUUGCUUUGCUGCUCUAAGCCACCUUGGAAGUCUUGUGUACUGUUGAAAACUUAUGCCAUGGGGAGCCAUGGCUGUGCUUGUGAUUGUUGCACUGAAGAAUAACCAGCACCACAGCCUUCCCACUUGGGUAUGGCUAGCUCUGGCGGCGCUGGGAGAGGCACAUACUGGAA